ACUAUUAUAUUUCGCCCAUUUCUACGGUGAAUCAAAUAUUUAUUGCGCAAACACUACUCGCAUAGUCAACGGGCUCGCUACUAUGACAUCAUGCCGUAUUGGACCAGGCGAUGGUUAGAGCCGUUUCUAGUUUUGCCCCUUGUCCGUUCCGGCAGUUCGUUGGCUUCCUGAGGCGACUGUGAUCAGAGAAUUCGUCCAGUCUACAAGUGAAUAGGCAGCGAAGUCGUGCGGUGGCUUCGGGUGUACGCUUGGCGGCGAUAGUGGAUUUGUUGCGUUCAGCUUCGUGAAUUCGUGGCUUAGUUCCGGUUGUCCGGUGCGACCUGACCCUCCGAGCGUGCUUCGGUUCGCGCGUAGCUUAUUGAUUUGCUUUAAUAUUUUCGAGCGUGAAAUUGCUGUAAGCAAAAGUCGGUUCGAUGCCAUACAUCCUGAUCCGGGGCAAUUUAGCUUCGUACAGCCACAAGUACCCGUGGCGUGUCCUUGUGUCCGGACUGAAAGCUGACGAUAUCGAGCAGCUCAGUCGUUUCCCAUGCGGUGGAUACAGUGACGAAUCUACACUAGUCUACCUAGUACACCCAUGUGUUAUCUUAACUGCAUUAGAGGUUCUUGACUAUCGUGUUGUCGCUUCAUCAUCGACAGCAGUAAAGCAAGACUACAAUGAGUAUAUGUGGACUAUGCGAAAAGAAUUCAUUGAACCAGACCCCAUUGUGAAUGAUUCAGUUUCUACGGUUGUGCGUGAGAAUAUUUCGAAUUUGGGCCGUGAAUUAGGGAAUUAUCAUAAAGUUGAUUCGCCUGAAUAAUCGUUGAACGUCGUUUUUCAUUCAGUGAGAGUAAUAUU